AUGGAGAAACACCACAUGGUAAGAGAGACACCCACUGCAAACAGAGAGGAACAGGCGUACUUGGAUCUCGUCAAAAGCAUUCUGGACACCGGCGAGCUGAGACAAGACCGUACAGGCACGGGGACGUACUCUCUCUUUGCGCCGCCCCAACUAAGAUUCGACUUGUCCAAUGGGAACUUCCCCCUCUUGACCACCAAGAAGGUCUUCCUCAAGGGCGUCCUCCUAGAACUGCUGUGGUUCAUCAAAGGUUCCACAGACGCAAAACUCCUCAGCGAACAGGGAGUUAAAAUAUGGGACGGUAACGGGUCCCGAGAGUACCUUGACUCGCUCGGCCUACACGACCGUGAAGCUGGCGAUUUGGGCCCAGUGUACGGAUUCCAAUGGAGACAUUUCGGUGCUCCCUAUAGAGAUUGCCACAGCGAUUACACCAAUGAGGGAGUCGACCAAAUUGCUCAGAUUAUCAAAACUCUGAAAACAAACCCCUAUGAUCGUAGGAUAAUUCUAUCUGCUUGGAAUCCGGCUGCAUUUGCCGAUAUGGCUUUACCACCUUGCCACGUACUUUGCCAAUUUUAUGUUAGUUUCCCGAAAAAUAAGUCGGAAAAACCAAAACUAAGCUGUCAAAUGUAUCAGCGUUCUUGCGAUGUUGGUCUUGGCGUCCCCUUUAACAUCGCCUCUUAUGCCCUUCUAACAUACAUGAUCGCCAUGGUGGUCGAUAUGGAACCGGGGGAAUUCGUUCAUGUCAUGGGUGAUACCCACGUCUAUGUGAACCACGUAGACGCCCUCAGAGAACAGCUUCAGAGAACUCCAAGACCUUUCCCGAAAUUGUCUAUAAAGAGGAAAGUCACAGAUAUAGACGAUUUCAAAUUCGACGAUUUCGAAGUGCUCGACUACAACCCUUAUCCUAGUAUAAAGAUGCCAAUGGCUGUUUGA